AUGGCGGCCGGGCCGGACACAGUUCCCCGGGCGGGGUUCGCGUCGACCGGCGCCGAGCGGCGACAGAGAGCGUUACGGCACCUUCUAGCGGAAACGCCGACGUUUUUCACGAGUCCGCGCCAAGUCAGCUCCGCGAGGCCCACCCUGAGCAGAAAUAAUUUGUUCGACAAGCGGCUGUACCUGAGACCGCAGUCGUGCACGGCAGAGAACAGACGCAAGCCCCUCACGGCCUCGUACCCUCUCACCGGGGCGGACUCGCACGUCUUUCGGCCAAGGACGUCCUUCUCCCCGAGGACGCCUUCUGACAAGGACCGGUGCCUUUCGGUGACGGACUCGGACGGUGACAGCGCGGUACAGAGACCGAGGACUCACCGGUCUUACACAGCUUCGCCUCUGAUAUCGGAAAGCCAACAGGACGUGACUAGAUACGUAACGGAGGCGUGGUCCCGGGUGAAGCGCGAGUCCCUCCGGCGGCGGCUGAGCCGGAUGACGCCCGAGCAGCGAGACAGCUUCCGCCUGCUGCACAACCCCGCGUUCCAGGCAGCCAGAUGUGUUGCGGUAUGGAAGCGGGCGCGGGAAAGGGCCACACACAGUAGACAGAACUGGCGAGAGGGGGAAAAGAGUGGUCUGGCCAGAUUCUACCACGCCGUGAGGUUAGUUAUCCUGGUGUACCGGCUCCGACUCGCGAUGACGGCCCUCUCCCGGGACAGGACCGUGCCCACCGCCGCAGAGAUGCGGUUCCACACUCUGCAGCACGACGAGAAGGUGCUAGCCUUCAACAAGGACAUGUACGCCAGGAGGACAGAGGCGACGAUGCGGCUACCGCGGUGGGCCACGGACAUCAUGGGGAAGCCUCCGCGGUGGCGCACGGACCAGGAGUGCCGCAAGCUGCACGCACUGCUGCGGUGUCUAAAGGCUUUCCGCGUGUUCUCUCCACGGAUACAGGGCAUCAUGUGCAGGUCUAUCCUGUAUCAGUUUGUGGAGGCGGAGCGGGUUGUCCUGCGGAAGGGCCACCCCGGAUCCGGGUUCUACUUCGUGUACUCGUUCUACUUCGCUACGCUCACUGGGCUCCGUGAAAUCGCUCUUCUCCGUGGCUGCCCCCGUACUGCCAGUGUGACCGUGAGAGAACCCUGUGAACUCCUGAUUGUGGACGACAAGAUUUUCGCCGAAGUUUGUCCCAAGAUCUUUGACGCAGAGCUGGACGAAAGAGUCAAAUUUCUCAGACAGGUGCCGCUGUUUACACAUCGCUAUUGGCAGUCGGACGCGCUUCGUCAGCUGUGUAUUGAGACACAAAUGCAAGAGUUCAAGUCCGACCACAUCAUAGUGGACGACAGCGAAGUGGACGAGUGGAUUUACGUGUGUGUGGAGGGACAGUGUAAGGUUCUGAAGAGCCUUGUCCUGGAGAAGGAGAGUCUGACCCGCCCUGCCAGCCUGAGGGGAGACCCACCAAGUGACGUCAACACAAGGAGGGUCUCGUUCGCAGUUCACGAUGACGUCAUCGAGGCAGACGACGAUAUCUUCCAUGGAAACGCCAUUUUAGAGGGGGACGAAAACUCGGAGAGUGACGAGGAAGAGGAGGAGACAUCUGUGGACAGGUCAGAGAGCAUGCGCAGCAGGUCAGAGCGCAUGCUCCGUUCGAUCCGCGGGGACCACCCAGAGGACAACGACCAAGAUCCACAGGCGUCCAUGGACGUGUUCACUGUGGAAGUUGACGACGGGUCGCACGAGGUGAACCGGGCGGGGCGGCAGCGCAGGCCGCCCGAGGAGCUGGACAUGACGCUCCGGUCCCUCAUCGAGGCCCAGCUCAGGGACAGGAGGACCAGCGACGUCGUCUACGUGGAAAUCGGACUGCUGAAGAGAGGAGACGUCUUCGGCCUACAGGAGACCAUGGGCGUGUCUGACUCCGGACCUCUGAUAUUGAUGAGUCUGGGGAUCGGGACGAGAAUCUACAGACUCAAACGGACUAACUUCAGGGACAUCGCUUCUGACGAGGCCACAGAACACGCCAAGCUCCUGGGAUAUGAAAAGAAGUACCCUUCAGCCGAGGCGUUGUUGAUAGCGCUACAGGAACAGUCGAAGUGGGACGUUUACAAACAGACAGUCGUGGAAGAAGUGCUGCGUCAUCACAGACGCUUCGACGUCGUUCCUCUAAGAUCUCCCACGGAGGAGAAGCUUCGCUCCAAGAAGGUGAACCGACUCGUGUCCGCCUUAAGUCGGCCUAGUGACGACAUCUUCGGCCUUCCGGACAAUGCCGAGAACACCCGAAAGAUCGCGGAACCUACCGACGCGCCGAGCGACGAACGGGAGCGGGAGGACAUCCGACGGGCGAGGAAGUUCGACGCUCCCAUCGUGAUGAGGCCCAAAACCAUGGUUGCUAGGUGUGGCAGCAUGUUGUCAAGGGCUGGGACUACCCACGCUUUAAACAGCGGGAAGGUUUUGCCGCAGCAAAGAGUCGUGAGGCACAGGGUCAGCAGGGUUAGUUCGACGUCGUCUGACAGCUCCGAAGUGACGAACGAUGAUUGA